GCCAGGGGCACCUCUCGCAACACCCGAUUGUGAAGGAGCUGCAGCGCCAGGAUCUCAGAGACCCGACUCCUCUUCUGCAGCCGUCCUGGCCCGAGGGGCCCAGCGAGGGGCGCGCACGACGAGCCGAUGGUGGUGGAACAUUGGCCCACCAUCUCAGGCUUCUCAGCUCGGCGCGAGGCGAUGCUGGACGCCGCGCCGGCGCUGGCCUCGCCGAGCCGUGGCCGGCCCUGGCCCACCACCGAGGGCCCCGGCGGGGCGGCGCUCCCAGCCGCGCCCGCGGAGGCCUCGUCGUGGCAGGACGGGGACGCCAGGGCCACGCGAUCUCGCAGGAGCCAGCGCCUCUACCUCUCGCAGGUGGCAUCCAGGAUCGUGGCCCCCCGGGGCGCCGACGCGGGUGCGCUGUGCUCCGGCUCGCCGUUCCGGAGCCCUGGACGGGCUCGGUGGACGCCGACGGCGGCGCGUCGCCGGCAGCGCUGGCGCAGCCAGGGCGGUUCGACCUGUCCGAGCGAGACCCCCUCCAGCGCUCCACCAGCUCCCUGCGGACGAGCGGGCGGCGCAGCCCGCCGGGGCGGGCGGCGCAGCAGCUCCCCCGCGCCGCGUCGAGCCUGGGCUCGCCGAAGGUGGACGGCGGUGCGCAGGGCGCCGCGGCCGCGGUGUGGGCCGCGCUGGCGGCCGCCGAGAAGGAUCGGUGUUCAGCCCCGAGGUGAUGAAGGAGAAGUUCAACGCCGUCGACCAGAUGAUCGAUGAGAUCACUCGGGGGCUGAAGCUCGAGGGCGUCAGCAGGAAGGCGGACCCUGACGAGGAGCGCGCCCAGAGGCAGAAGGAGGAGCGGCAGAGGCAGAAGCUGGAGCUGGCGGAGCGCGCGGAGGGCCGCAACCCGCAGCGAAACGUCACCCAGAAGAUAGAGCACCGGCGAGACCACAAGGUGAAGCUGCACGGCAUCCCCCUGACGAGCGUCAGCGUCGUGGGGCCCGCCGGCGCGAAGCAGGUGGCCGUGGUGGACGUGGGCACGCUGCGCAGCAAGGCCCCGGCCCGCCCGAGCGGGGCCGGAGCAGACGGCAUCGGAGGGCCGACACCGCACCGCCGCUGCAUCGGCGGCGGGCGCGCGGCCCCGGAGCCCGAUGCGAUCUCCAGCCGUGCGCCGCCGCCGCUGCAUCGCCGGGGUGCCGCGCGGUCCUCCCGGCCCGCCUGCUCCAGGGCCCGCCCAGGCGGCCCGCAGGUGAAGCAGCCCUCUGGGGCGAGCGUCCGCACGCUGCUGGAGCUGCAGCGCCUGCGGGAGCGCGGCGCCCGGCGCAGUAGCGGCGCCCGCGGCAGCUGGACGGCACCCGCCGCGGCGGCGGGCGCCGAGGUCAAGUACUUGUGGCUUGACUGGCCGUGCAUGUGGCAGGCGAACAAGGAUGAGAUGAGGGCUGUUUGCGACACCAGUAGUUGGCAGUUGGGGGUGCCCUCGUCGCGACGGCUGGACGCAGCGCGAAAAACGUGUGCGAUUGGACCCCAGGAGGGGCGCUGGGGAAUUCUGUGGAGCCGAUUUCGAACUGUCGUUGUCUCAAAUUCCCCCUCUUUGAAAGGAGGGCCAGCGUGAAAUCACUGUCGACGAGAAGGCCGAGUUCGACCUCAUGCUCAGCGAGGUCAACAUGCUGUACCUCGGUUGCAGGGUCGUCAUCUUGCUGGACAUGACUUACUUGUCCAGGUUUUGGACACUGUACGAAGCGUGGCUCUCCCAAAUGAAGCCAACUUCGACAGGGCUCAAGCCAGCACUCAUCUCUGACGCUUCACGCUGCGACGUGGUUCCCAUCAUGGGAGCGAACGAUGCGUUCAGGUCAGCGCUCCUGAGCACCAUUGCGAAUCAGAUGCCUUCGGCGUCCCUUGCUGCCAAGUACCUCCGUAACGACGACAUUUCGGUAACGAACGCCUCGGACAAGGAGAAGCAGCUCGAUCGGGUGAGCGGGCUCGACUACCGUGUCAUCCAGGUCGAGAUUGAUGCUCAGGCAGAGGCAGGGAGCACAGUUCAGAUGCAAAGAGUCCUCGCGGCCGGCUUUUGUCACAGCCUGGGCCUGCUGAAGGACGGCACGGUCACCGCCUGCGGCCUGGACUCUGACGGCCAGAGGUCCGGCGUGGCCAGGACCGGUGCAGGCGUGCAGUUUUGGAGCGCCCUCCUGCGAGGGGUGAGGGGCCGAGCCUCUCCAGCGAGAGCGUGGAAGAGGUGGCGGCCGAGGGCUCGAAGGAGAACGAGCCACACAAACAUAGACUUGUGGCGCUGCGCGCGGAUUUCUUGGAUCCCCGCCUCGAGGAUCGCGCCGCAUCGCCGAUGCAUCGGCAAUGCGGCUCGAUGUGGGGCCUGAUUUUCUCCACGUCGGCGGUUCCGCGCAGAUUUCUUGGAUGUGCGCCGGGCCGCCUCUGGCGGCGCCAGCUCGGAGGAGAAGACACGGCAUGAACACAAACUUUCGGAGGUCCGCGCGGAGUUUUAGGAUCGGCGCUGGCAGCGCCUCUGGCGCCGCCCCUGGCGCGCUCCUCGCGCCUGCGAGGGGUGGCCCAACGCCGAUCCAAGAAAUCCGCGGGGACCUCUGGAAGUUUGUGUUUGCGGUCGGACCGAGGUCUACGAGCGAGGACGGUUCGUGGAGGGCGCCCUGAUGUUCUUCGUGUUUGUUGGAUGUUCUUGUGUCUCCUGGGAGAGGGUACCCUCGAGCGUUCUUCAGUUUAGCCGGCGGAGGUUCUCAUGUUCGUGCAGGAUGUUCUUCUGUCCCAAGUCUGGCCGCAUGCCGUUUCGUGUCCCUCUAGAAGUGGCUCGGCAACGGCGGGGGUCGCAUCAGGGCCCUCGCCACACCUAUGGCGCCGAGAUCUCGCCGAAGGCCGCGCGUUUCCCCCGAAGUGCCGACCACGGCAAUCUCCGGUUGCGGUGGCAAUCGGCAGGCAUUUUUCGGCAGCGCCGGCAUGUUCGAGGUUCUGAGCGUAGCUGCUGACUUCUAGCGUUCGAGCCAACACUCAGCGCUUCUAAGCCACGUUCGUAAUUGAUGUGUAUGGGCCUAAGGCUUGCUGAGCCUCAUGCGGUUUGAAGACAUAUGUUUCACCGGGCAAGCGCCGCCAAUCGUGAUCGAACUUAUUCGCAAUGCGUAAUCAUCGUAAGUGCGGGUAUGCCAGUCUGAGUUUUCAAUCAAGGUGGGCAUCAUGUUUCAUGGGAGUUCGUCCUGCAUGUCUGUUUGGUCUUCUGAGCUGACACUUUCCGUGGCAACCCGACGGCUCGCCCACAGCCGGUGAGCCCUCUCGUUUUUUCGGGUUGCUUGGAGCGUCUGCGUGGCACGCGCUUGUCUGGCGGCAGGGCAAUGCCGAGAACAAAUAAUGCCUUCUGUGAGCGGCUGCGGGCAAUCGGCGAGUGCCUUAGAGGCUGGGUAGAUGUGUUGACGUUUUGAAGCCGCUCCCACAGGGAAUCAUACCCAGUGUUCGUGUCGUGCGUGACAUGCGUGGAGCUGCGCGCCAAUUGCCCAGGCCGUCAGUGUGGAUGGCGGGAA